GAGAUUAAUCAAUCCAUGUAAAAUUCGUGCCCUCAUUUAAAAUAAGAAAACUAUACUCAGUCUCUAUAAAACAAAUAUAUAUAUAAAGACUAAUGCACAAAAUGCUUUCAUGAUCCUAGGCAUCCUUCCGGCCUUGAUUUAUGUUUAAAAUGUUUUAAUGGAUAAUGCAUCUAAAAGAAUCAUUCAGAAUUUCAUUUACAAAAAAUAACCAUCCAUUAGUAUUAAAUAUAAAAAUGGUAGAAAAACCUAAAUCUGAAUCUGAAAAAUAACCUGAAAUAACAAAAUUAGCGAUAGGAAAACCAGGAGGAGCUUAAUUAGAAGAAACUGAGUAUAACAUAUUUUAUUAACUAAAAUGCUUAAUAUGUAAGAAAGACUUAGAUAAUGAAUAACUUCAUGGUCUCAUUAAUAGUAUAAAAUAAGCUGAUUCAGCUUUUCGAAAAAACCAAAUAUGUGAAUGGGAAUUACAAAUAGAACCAUGUGAACAUACAUUAUCAUUGCAGUAAUAAAAGCCUCCUUAAAAUUAUUCACUUUCUUAUUGUUUUUCAUGCGAUCUAUCUGCAAAUCUAUGGCUUUGUUUAACUUGCGGACAUAUAGGCUGUGGAAGAAAAAAUUACGAUGGUUCUGGAGGAAACAAUCAUGCUAUUGAUCAUUUUUAAAAUACUAUUCAUCCUAUAGUUGUAAAAUUAGGAACAAUUACUCCUGAAGGAAAUGCUUCUAUAUAUUGUUAUGCAUGCAAUAAUGACGUUUCUGACCCUAAUUUAGUAAAUCGUUUACUUUUUUAUGGAAUAAAUGUAAAUGAUUAACAAAAAACAGAAAAAUCAGUAAUAGAAAUGAAUUUAGAUUUAAACAAAAAUUUAAUGCUUUCCAGCAUUAUUGAAGAAGGAAGAAAACUUUUACCUUUAAAAGGCCCUGGAUUUACUGGAAUGGUAAAUUUAGGUAACUCAUGUUAUAUAAAUUCUGUUUUUUAAGUUCUUUUUGCAUUCCAAGAAUUCUAAAAUAGCUUCAAUAUGAACUUAGAUCAUGUAAAUAAUUGCCAAAAACUCCCUGCUUAAUGCCUUGUUUGUCAAUUAGCAAAAUUAGGACAAGGUUUAGCAUCUGGCGAAUAUUUAGACGGUGUUAAAAUUAAUGAUUUGAGAUAUCUUAUAGGAAAAGAUCAUCCUGAAUUCAAAACUUAAUAAAUGUAAGAUGCAUUGGAAUAUUUAUAAUAUGUAUUUGAACUUAUAGGGAAAGAAAAUAAAGAAAUUUCUAAAAUUUUUGAGUUCAUUUAAGUAAAUAAACUUAAAUGUACAUCAUGUGGAGGUGUAAAAAUAGCAGAAUACAUCACUAAUGAAAUCAAAUUACCUGUUAUAAAGCCUAACAUUAAAGAUUUAUAAUAAAAUAAAUAAGAUUCUAAAUAAUUAGAAGAUCCAGAGUACGACGUAUAAUUCUCAGUUUGCUUUGAUUAAUUAGUUUAGGGUGAUUUUGUAGAUAGCCAUUGCUCUUUUUGUGGAAAAAUGUAAUAAUUUAAAUCCAACUUCUAUUUAAAAACUGUACCUAAAUACCUCAUUAUGCCCACUGAAAGACUCUACUUGGAAAACUGGGUCCCAAAAAAACUUAACGCGAAUAUAAAAAUGGAUAUAGAACUUAAUAUUGGUAGUAUUUGGAAACCUAAUAUAAUAGAAUAAGGGGAAAAAGUACUCGAUGAUUAAAAUAAAGACGAUGUAUAAGUUGAUAAUUAGGCUCUUUAAUAAUUAUUAGAAAUGGGAUUUGGGGAAAACAGAUGUAAAAGGGCACUUAUUAAACACAAAAACAAUGUUGAAAAUGCAAUGAAUUACCUAUUUGAAAAAAUAGAUGAUUCUUCAUUAGAUUUACCUAUUAUAAGUAAAAAAUAAAAUUAAUUAAUACCAAAUUAGGAAGGAGUAGAUUUACUUACUUCAAUGGGAUUUAAUUUCGAUUAAAUUGUUUUAGCUAUGAAAAAAUAUAAUAAUAAUGUUGAAUUAACACUAGAUGCUCUUUCUAACGGUGAAUAUUUUAUAGAAGAAGAACAAGAAUAAAAAUAAUAAAAUAAUAAUAGUAAACUAAAUGCUGGAAUAACUAUUAAUGAUAUAAAUUAAUGUUAAUAUAAGUUAAAAGCUGCUAUAAUUCAUCUUGGAAAAAGUGUACAUGCAGGACAUUAUAUUUGUUAUAUUAAAAAAGAUAAUUAAUGGGUUUAUUAUAAUGAUGAAAAGGUUGCUUAGGCUGUAGAACCAUUUUUAGGAAAAGGAUAUAUUUAUAUAUAUGAAAAAUAAAAUUGA